CUUAUCUCAAACAUUUAUCAUUCCUUUGAUAUAUAUCAUCAUGGAUUCCCGUUAUUCUCAAGCACCGCGCCAGAACCAACAGUACGGCCGGGAUACCGGCAAGAACCUGAACCUCCUCCCUGAAAAUGGUCCGUCCACUGGCCAAGUCCUAGCCAUCGUAGCCCUCAUCCCGAUUGGAACCAUCUUCCUCGGCUUGGCCGGCAUCUCCUUCCUGAUCUCCAUGAUUGGGCUCGGUCUCAGCUUGCCAGUUUAUCUCCUCUUCAGCCCAGUUCUGGUGCCGGCAACCAUGGUGAUCGGCCUUGCCGUCACCGGAGUUCUCACUUCGGGAGCUUUCGGGAUCACCGGAUUAUCGUCUCUCUGGCGCCUCAUCAACUACUUCAGCCAAGGGAGGUCGUCCAUAAUGCCAGCUGAGAAGAUGGACUAUGCAAAGAAGGUCAUGCAGAAUGCUAUGGUUCAAGUCGGACAGAAGACUCAAGAUGUUGGUCAGACAAUUCAAAACAAGGC